CACAACCCAUUUAUCUCAUAAUCUCUCAGCUUUUGAAGCCAUGGCGUUUCUAAGAACCUAUAGCCUUUGUUUCUUCCUCUUCACGGUACUCCUCUCUUUCUCUACGUUCUUUACCGAUGCAAGGAGGUUUGAAGUCGGAGGUAGCGGCGCGUGGGUUCCAAACCCGCGGGAAAACUAUGGAUCUUGGGCUGGAAAGAGCCGUUUCCUAGUACACGAUACACUCUAUUUCAGCUAUGCUAAAGGAAUGGACUCGGUGCUAGAGGUGAACAAGGCUGAUUACGACGGAUGUAAUACCAAGAAUCCGAUCAAGAAAGUGGAUGAUGGAGAGUCUGAGAUCUCGCUUGAACGUUCUGGUCCGUUCUAUUUCAUCAGUGGCAAUGAAGAUAACUGUAAGAAGGGACAAAAGCUUACUGUCGUUGUCUUGUCUGUUAGGAAUCCGGCUCCUCCUCAAGCUCCAGCACCGGGAAAUUCUCCUCCGGGAUCAAUGCCACCUAAGUCUUCUUCCCCUGUUUCUCCUGCCACUUCUCCACCGGCACCUACACCACCUAAAUCCUCAACCCCUGUUUCUCCGGCCAUUUCUCCACCCGCACAUACACCACCUAAAUCUUCUUCCCCUGUUUCUCCGGCGACUUCUCCACCGGGACAAAUGCCACCUAAAUCUCCUACCCCUGUUUCUCCCUCUUCAGCUCCGGUGACUUCUCCGCCGGGAUCAAUGGCACCUAAAUCUUCUUCCCCUGUUUCUCCGGCGACUUCUCCACCCGCACCUUCACCACCUAAAUCUACUUCCCCUGUUUCUCCGUCUUCUGCUCCGGUGAGUUCUCCGCCGGGAUCAAUGGCUCCUAAAUCUUCCUCUGCUGUUUCUCCUUCCACUGCUCCACCUGGUUCAAUGGCACCUAAGUCAUCUUCCCCUGUUUCUCCGGCGACUUCUCCACCGGCACCUAUGCCACCUAAAUCUUCUACCCCUGUUUCUCCGUCUUCAGCUCCGGUGACUUCUCCCCCGGGCUCAAUGGCACCUAAAUCUUCCUCCCCUGUUUCUCCGGCAACUUCUCCACCGGGUUCAAUGGCACCUAAAUCUUCCUCUCACGUUUCUCCGGCGACUUCUCCACCUGCACCGAUGCCACCUAAAUCCUCUUCCCCUGGUUCUCCGUCCUCUGCUCCAAUGACUUCUCCUCCGGGAUCAAUGUCACCUAAAUCAUCUUCCCCUGUGUCUCCGUCAUCUUCUCCGGCGACUUCUCCGCCAGCACCUCCGUCAUAUUCUCCGGGUUCUUCACCGCCAGGACCAAUGUCACCAAAAUCUUCUUACGCCGUGUCUCCAUCUUCUGCUCCGGGAGAAUCUCCUUCCUCUGUUUCUUAUUCGCCGUCAGAUUCUCCGUCAGCAUACUCGCCGUCGGAGAUGGGUCCCUCGGGAGAUGCUCCAUCAGGCUCAGCGAUGGGUCCUUCCGGAUAUGCUCCGUCAGCAUACUCUCCGUCGGAGAUGGGUCCCUCGGGAGAUGCUCCGUCAGGUUCGACGGUGGGUCCGUCUGGAGAUGGUCCAUCUUCUUCCGGUGCUAUCACUUCGCCGUCGGAGGCUCCAGUCGAGGAAAAGUCAUCCGCCAAUGGUAUGACCGUUAUGUCGGUAACUACAGUUGUAAGUUUGGUUGUAACCAUGUUUAUGUCAGCUUAAGAACACACUUGGAGGCUAGUUUCAUUCGUGUCUCUACCUUUUUUUAUUUUUGUUAAUUGUUUUUGGAUUCCAUCGUAAUUAUGUAUUAUUGAGUAUAGUUGGAUAAUUUGGAUUGUUGUUUUGUUAUAAUAAAUAAGAGUCACACUAUAUUGUGCUAAA